UGUCAGGAGGAAGUUUGUUUUCCCAAGCAGACGCCGCUUGCCAGCAGGAGGGCUUUGAGCGGGUGAAAUCGUGCUGCUACAGGCUGUCGAUUCACGUGUAUUUUUCCCCGCGGUGUUUUUGUGGGCGCCACGGACCCGUGCCGGCCAGCGCGGACGCGCAGUCCGGUCCCUCCGGCGUGCUCGAGCGCUGCACCGUGACCCCGAUUCGCGUUCGCCGAGAAAAUGGCGAUGGCGGCGGCACAGGCGACGGCAACGACGAUCAACCCUCCUCGGCGCAAGAGCAGCGGCGGCCCGAAGCGUCCGGCUGCCGCAACAACACCCGAAGACUCGGACAGCGACGGAGCCACGGCACCGAAGCGAACCAAGAAUGGAGAUGGCGGGGCCCCUGAACACAGCGACGUGGCAUCGCUGACCUGGAGCGUGGACGAGCUGGGGCAGCUGGUGAGCAACCUGGCCCAGUGUUUGCCCGCCAAUGACCUGGUCAAGUACACCACCAUGGUCGAGAAGGUUGAUUGGGAGAAGGUGCGCUUUGGCUCCUACACAGCCGCACAGUGCAAGGAGAAGUGGGCGCAGUUGAUGCAGAAGCUUCGGCGUUACCGCACGUUGACAGACCUGGUGGGUGAUGCGAGGGAAUGGCUCAAGCGCCCGUGGCUGCCGGGCAACGGUACGGCGCGCCGUCAGCGGCACCCCGGCCUACCCAAGAAACCCCUGACACCUUACUUCCGGUUCUUCCUAGAGAAACGCGAGAAGUAUUCCCGCGAAAACCCAGAGUUGUCCAUGACAGAGCUGGCCAAGCUCAUCUCCAAUAAGUUCCAGGAACUUCCCGAGAAGAAGAAGCAAAAAUACAAGGAAAGCUUCGAACGAGACAAUGACAUUUACAAGGUGGAGCUGAAGAAAUUCAAGAAAGAGAAUCCGGAUGCAUUUCCGGAGCCAGCCGGUAAGCAGCCCCCACCUGGUGCUCCAGCUCUACCACCUUGUGCGCCUGAUAAGCCACAGACGCCGAUCCAGCUGUUCACUCUUGACCGCCUCAAGAAGCCAGAGUUUAGCAAGCUGGACAAGAAAGAGGCACAUGAGGAGAUCCGCAAGCAGUGGGCAGAGCUGUCUGACGGCAAACGCAUCAAGUGGAUCCGCCGAGCUCUCCAAGACCAGCACCGAUACGAGCUGGAGGUUGCAGAGUACAGCCAGGCAUAUCCGGGCUUCAAAGCAGCCGUAGUGAAGCCGAUACUGAGCAAGGCCGAGCAGGAGUUCAAGGACAAGUGCGACGGAAAGCCUGAGCGUCCUCCUAACUCCGGCUACAGCCUGUUCUCGCGCAUCAUGCUGCGGCAGCUGAAGAAUGUACCGGCCAAAGAGAAGAUGGCAGAGAUCUCACAGUUGUGGAAGAACCUCAGCCAGGCAGAGCGAGACUCCUACAAUAAACAGGCCACCAAGGCUAAUGCCAAGUACAAGGAGAAGUAUGCAGCCUACCUUAGCAACCUUCCCGAAGACGAGCGACAGAAGGUCGAGGCCGAGUCGGGGACGCACAAGUCGGUUGCAUCUGCUGGCGGGGGCGCAGCUGCCAAAGCGAACGCCAAGGGCGGCGGCGUCACUGCAUCCGGCAAGGGCAAAUGUGCUGCGCCCGGUGACGAGAACCAGCCACCCGCGGGGGAGAGGCCCAAGCCCAAGAAGCCCCUGUCGGCUAUGUUCUUCUUCCAGCAGGAGAAGCUGGCUGCCAUGAAGGAGCGCUGUCCGCAGAUGUCCCACCAGGAGGUGAUGCGUGCGCUCGCACGAGAGUUCUCCGAGCUGCCUGAACGCAAGAAGGAGAAAUACAAGAAGAUGGCCACAGAAGCGAAGGAGAAGGCCAUUGAGGAAACGAAUGGCCACAAUGUCAAAGAGGAGAAGGUGCGUCAGGUAUCUACUGGGCCUAAUCUUAACAGGAGGAACCGCCUCUUCAAGGGAGAACCAAAAAAGCC